UCACAUUUUUAUUUUUUAUUUUUUUCCUUCAAUUUUUCUUCUUUCCACCAAACAACGUUCCCGCUCCUUCCUUCAUACUUUCAUUACAAGAAAACGUGAUUUUCACUUUUUUCGGAUUUUGUCCAAUUCGUACUAGCUCGUAUUUUUUUUUUCUCUUUAACUUUUUUCUUUUUUUUGUAAUUUUUUUUUGGCGAGCCUGAAAUUUUUGUUGCAAAAUUGACUGUCGAUUUCUGUUCCCGGCGACCUUCGCCGCCGGCUUCUGUUGAAUUUCCGACGGCGUCAUCUACAAGGUUUUUUGUUUGUUUGUGUGAUUUGUGGAUCUAGUGGACAAGGUGGGUGGCAUGAAGCUAGGAGAGGAUAAUGGUUGAUGGUUGGAAGAAAUAUAGAAUAUUGUAGUUCUGAAUUUGUCAUUGCUGAGAUUUUUGUUACCUGAUUUGUCGAUUGUUGAAACCAUUAGUAAUUUCAUAGAUUGUUGAAAGGUUUUGGACACAUUUUGUAUUAUGGAUUCGGAACCAGUUCCAUCUUCUAGGGAUUUGUUGAAAUGUUGCGACUGUGGGUGUAGUUGCUCCUUGCUGGCUAAAUAUUCUGGGACUUGGAUACGGUCUGUUAAACGGAAACACGAUGAGUUUAAAUUGGAUAGCCAAUUACCAGCGCCUUCUGUUGCGCGAGUUGAAAUCGGCAACGAGUGUGUAGCCUUACGCGAGAUGGUCAGCAUGCAGCAGAGAACUAUUCAAGAUUUGAAUUCUGAGUUAGAUGAGGAGAGAAAUUCUUCAUCCACGGCUGCUAAUGAGGCUAUGUCGAUGAUCUUGAGGUUGCAGAGGGAAAAGGCAGAGAUACAAAUGGAAGCUCGUCAAUUCAAGCGGUUUGCGGAGGAGAAAAUGACACACGAUCAGGAGGAGCUUAUGUCUUUGGAAGAUUUGCUGUACAAGAGAGAGCAGAUAAUUCAGUCACUUACUUGUGAAGUUCAGGCUUACAAGCACAGGAUGAUGAGUUUUGGGCUCACUGAGGAUGAGGUCGAGGGUGAUGAAUAUGACAUUCUACCCUACGAAUACCCUCCUUUAAAAUGUAAUGUCAUGCAUAAUGGCAUGGAUGCUGAUAAUGACGAUACUGAUAUUGAGAAAUACGUAUUUGGUGAAACUCCUAGAGACCGUUUGAAGAACUUGGAGAGUAGGAUUUCCCAAAUGGAGAAAAAUCCCAAUUACAGCCAGGUGGAUGGAGAUUUUACAGGAAAAAAUGUUCUAGAGAAAGUAAUUGUUGGACAAUCUCCAAGUUGGACGAGACAUUCGAGGAAAUUAUCCUCUGACUCAGCAUCUUUUGGUGGGAUGGGGAGAGAAAUAGGUCCCGAGUUCCCUAUGGAGUCUCCUAAGAUCAACAACAACUAUAAGAAGGAUUAUUUCUCUCAGUCAGAGGAUCAUUCCAAUUUGAAGAAGGUAGAUAAUGCUUCGGAAGGUGAUGAUAUAAGUGAUAGAAUCUAUACAAUUGACUCUGUUCAUUCGGGAGCACCACAUAAUGGCUUUACAGGUUACAAAGCUGGAACUGGAGCUUUCGAAGAUUGCGGAACCACUCCAAAGGGGUCAGGAAAUCAUGCUGAUUUUGAGGAUCCCUACAUAAAGAAGCUUUAUACGAGGCUUCAGGCACUUGAGGCUGAUAGGGAAUCAAUGAGGCAGGCAAUCAUAUCAAUGAGCACAGAUAAAGCACAGGUUGUGUUAUUGAAGGAAAUAGCUCAGCAUUUGUGCAAAGAGAUGUCACCGCAAAGAAAAAUGACUACGAGCAGGCCAUAUAUUGCUGGGAGAUCUCCAUUCAUGUCAAUUUUUAAGUGGAUCACAUCAGUUGUUUUUUGGAGAAAGAGAGCUCAUCAAAGCAAGUAUACGUUUGGGAUCCCAGCUGACAGUAUGGGAUUGCUGCUACUUAUUGACAAAAGAACACAUGCAAGGCCAAGGAGAUGUAUUUCAAGUACACAAGUGGGAGAUUAAUUCUCCAUUUUAAAAUUUGGGAGCACCAACCGAAUUUUAGUAACACUAUAAUACGUUAAGAUUUUUUUUUUUGGUUAUUUUUUCCGAUCUUUCUUGCUGGAAAAAGGGGUGUAUUGUGCAGUGUUCUUUUAUUCAUUUUAUUUUGAAAUUGAAAGUAAUUUGUUGGUGGAUUUGUGAAAACUUGGAUUUGAUAUGACAUAUGAGUAUUCUCUCAUAUGGUUCGUCUAUGGAGUGGACAACCUUCUCUUGUACAUAACGUAUUGCUGGAAGCCCUCUGGCACUUCAUGCAAUGCCUUUUCUCAACCUCGAUUCUUGUAGGUGCAAUGCUGCUUUAUGUGUUGAGUGUUGAACAUUCAAAUGUACCAUAACUUCCAAAUCUUCAGUGCAGAAGUGAUUAUCUUGCAUAUUA